CAACACUGGCUAACUGACAACUGCAUCACGGGUAGGGAGUAAUCAGCAAUGAGCCUUUUGGGUUAUAUAAAGCUCGGGGGUAACGAGUGCUGGGCAGACAGACUUGGCGAGCACGGCGAGCAAUUCCCCGGUCAACAGCCACAACAUCAUGUCGACGACACCACCGCUGAUGAACGAUCGCCCAGGACGCCGACGGACAUGUCCAGCCUCGCGGACCUCUCGCCGCUGCAUGACCCGUGCCAACACAAACAUCAUGUGGUUUUGCUCAAUGAAGUGGCUCGACACCAAAAGCUUGAGGGCCUCUGAUGGUGGUGGUGAUGGCGGUGGUGGACGGACGUGGUCUCAAAAGUCCCGCUUUCGGGGUGGACGGAGACGGACGAACCAUUGGACUGCUCGUUCUUCUUUACCUGAUGUUGCUCUGCACCCCGGAUCGCGAAAUUGGAAGUGUCGCCAGUCUGCUCGAGUCGUCGGAACCCCUGCCCAAAAGGAAACAUGCGACCUGCGGGUUGCUCUCCACCCUAGACCAAAACCCCCUCAGUGGCGUUCCAAGAAGCUGAAAAAGCGGGUGCCGAGCCCGCCAAGAGAUAGGCUUCUUAUCUUGAAUUCGGGAUCCAAUCAGAGAGCGCGGGAUUUCACAAGGGAAACAGUCAAAGACAACAUCACCUUGAAAGCACCCAGAUACACACCCCAAUCGCCAACAGCAGCAGAGGGAAGCGAAUGCCCGUAUUGA